CAUAAUCAAUAAUCUGAAAAGAACUUCGCAGUAGUGCAAAAUAAAAUCAAGAACCAUGAAAUUCAUCGUUGCUUUCGCCGCCGUGAUUGCCCUGGCUUUGGCCGCCCCAGUCGACGAUAAGGACGCUCAGGUCGUGAAGUACGACAGCAACGUUGCCGCCGAUGGAUACAGCUUCCAGUAUGACACCAGCAACGGAAUCCAGCACCAGGAGACCGCUGAGCUGAAGACCUUCGGAGAAGAUGUUUCCGCUUUGGUUGUUAAGGGAAGCUACUCGUACACUGCCGCUGAUGGACAGACCUACACCGUGAACUACGUUGCCGAUGAAAACGGAUUCCAGCCGGAAGCCGCCCAUUUGCCAAAGGCCUAAGACCGCGGAGAUUCGACCACAUCUUCGUCAAAAAAAGUAUACCCAAAUACAAAUGUGUAAAUUAGUGUAGAUAGUUCAACUGGCCAUUAUAAAAAUGUACAAAUCGUUCCGACUACCGUUUCAAUAAACUGUGACCGUAUCCAUAUUGUCCAA